CGGAGGAGCGCGCGGGUAGGAGGCAAGCAAGGCCUGCCGAGACGGGCCUCACGUCAGGGUAACUUUAACUACUGCUUCCUGGGAUUUUGCUUGCAUUCUGGAAGAAAUAGGCCACUGAGUAAGCCUAGGAGACAGCUUUAUAUUUUAAAAAUAAAAGUGUCACCGCCUUGACUGCUGCAGGACAGUUCAGAAGCUUGAACCUUGUAUCUGGGGGGUUGAGCCCCACACAUGCUGAUGAAAACAGAGCUUUGGGAGAGAAAAGAAGACUGCUUUCUGUAGCUGUGUGAGAAUCACUGCAAUGGCAGCUGCAGUUGCCACCAAGACAGCUUGGAAGCUGCAGGAAAUCACUGCUCACAGCAGCAAUGUUUCUUCACUUGUGUUGGGCAAAAGCUCAGGUCGGCUCCUUGCAACUGGUGGAGAUGAUUGUCGAGUUAAUAUCUGGUCAAUUAACAAGCCGAACUGCAUUAUGAGUCUAACGGGUCACACUACACCUGUGGAGAGUGUGAAGAUUAAUACAAAUGAAGAGCUGAUUGUUGCGGGGUCCCAGUCAGGCUCCAUUCGGAUCUGGGAUCUGGAAGCUGCCAAAAUUCUCCGUACAUUAAUGGGCCACAAAGCAAAUAUCUGCAGCUUAGACUUCCAUCCUUUUGGAGGCUUUGUAGCUUCAGGAUCCAUGGACACCAACAUUAAGCUUUGGGACGUGAGAAGAAAGGGCUGCGUCUUCAGAUACAAGGGCCAUACUCAAGCUGUCCGCUGUCUCCGAUUCAGCCCUGAUGGCAAAUGGCUGGCGUCGUCUGCAGACGAUCACACAGUGAAGUUGUGGGACCUGGCUGCUGGGAAGAUCAUGUUCGAGUUCACAGGACACACGGGGCCAGUCAACGUUGUAGAAUUCCAUCCCAAUGAAUACCUGUUGGCCUCUGGUAGCUCUGACAGAACGGUCAGGUUCUGGGACUUGGAGAAGUUCCAGGUGGUGAGCUGCAUUGAAGAGGAGGCCACUCCUGUCAGGUGUGUGCUGUUUAACCCUGAUGGCUGCUGCUUGUAUGCUGGCUGCCACGAUACCCUGAGAGUGUAUGGCUGGGAGCCUGAGCGCUGUUUUGAUGUGGUCAUGGUGAAUUGGGGCAAGGUGGCUGAUUUGUCUAUCUGUAACAAUCAACUGAUUGGUGUUUCUUUCACACAAAGCACAGUCUCUUCCUUUGUGGUGGACCUCAGCCGAGUCACAAAAUGUGGGCCUGGCACCCGUGGGCUGAUUCGGGAUGACAAGCCUCUCACUCAGCCCUUGCCUGCGGGCUCUUCCCUUCGACGCAUCUACGAUAGGCCAACGACGACAUGCAGCAAACCCCAAAGAAUGAAACACAACUCAGAGAGCGAGAGGCGCAGUCCAAGCAGUGAGGACGACAGGGAAGAUAAGGAAUCAACAGCGGAGAUCCAGAACUCAGAAGACUACAAUGAGAUCUUCCAGCCAAAGAAUCCCAUAACUCGAACUCCACCCAACAAGAGUGAACCUUUUCCUGCACCUCCAGAGGAUGAGCCCAUGGUUGCCAAAGAAGCCUCAAGGCUCAGUCAAGUGGCAGAUAUUCCGACUCCGUUGCCAAGCCAAGAGAAUCCUGACCCUAUUCAGAGGUCGCCAAUAGCAUCCUCGACCCCCAAGACCAAGGUUGAGCCAUCUGUGAUCCCUGCAGCCAGGAAUGAGCCUAUCGGGCUGAAGGCCUCUGACUUUUUGCCAGCUGUGAACAACCAAAACCUGGCAGAGAUUGUGGAUGAAGAGGCCAUGUCCCAAAUCCGGAAGGGACACGAGACCAUGUGUGUGGUGCUUACCAGUCGCCACAAAAACUUGGACACCGUGAGGGCUGUGUGGAGCACUGGAGACAUCAAGACAUCUGUGGACUCCGCAGUGGCCAUCAACGACCUCUCCGUUAUGGUGGACCUCCUGAACAUCGUCAACCAGAAGGCGUCUCUUUGGAAGCUGGAUCUGUGCACAGUCAUCUUGCCUCAGAUAGAGAAACUUCUGCAAAGCAAAUAUGAAAGUUACGUCCAGACAGGCUGCACUUCUCUGAAGUUGAUCCUGCAGAGGUUUCUGCCCCUGAUCACAGACAUCCUUGCCGCGCCGCCAUCCGUGGGGGUGGACAUCAGCAGAGAAGAGAGGCUUCACAAAUGCCGCCUGUGCUACAAGCAGCUGAAAAACAUCAGCAACAUCAUCAAGAACAAAUCUGGACUCAGUGGCCGCCAUGGCAGUGCCUUCCGUGAGCUGCACCUCCUGAUGGCUGUCCUUGAGUGAUGGGGUGGUGCCCUUCAUCCAUCCACACAUACCGCCUGAGGCUCGUCUUCCCUCCAUGGCCUCUCACUCCAGCCACUUCGAGUAGUUUUGUUUGGUGUCCAUCUCUCCACAGUCCUCCAGGAGGUAAGGGAGGGGGCUGAUGGGUUGGGUGCUCCAUAUUCAGUGCCUUACAGGCUACAUUGCAAACCAGACUGCCCUGCUGUGGCACAGCCCCCCUGCCUUUCUGUGUACAUAGCUGCCUUGGGCGGGGGCGGCAAAUGGGAAUGCUGUGUUAGAAUACAACCAUGGACAGCAUUUCUAGACCCUGGCAACCAGCAGUGCUUGGGACCAACUCCCUAGUGAUGAGCCCUGCCCUGCUUCCUUUCCAGUCUCACUGUGGUGGGACUUGAGGCAGGAGUGGGUGGGACUGGACUACCUGCCUGUGCAACUGAGUCUCUUGGGCUGGAGGAGUUCAGCCCCCCACUGCUGCCCCCUCGUUUUGUUCCAUGGUGGAAAGGCUCGAUACUGAGGAAUGGCCUGCUCUUUCCCCUUCAUCUCUUGUUAAUACGCUGUGCAGUCUGCUGUUCAUAAACUGAUAAGUUAUGAAGAAUUUCAUUAAAACGUUUGUAACUUUA